AUGAAAGCAUCACAUUCAGAUCAUCUUGAAAUAGUUAAAUACCUUAUCUCCGUUGGAGUCAAUAAAUAUGCAAAAGAUAAAAAUGGAAAAAAUGCACUCCAUCACACUACUAGUUGUGAUAAAACACGCGAUUAUCUAAAAUCCCUCGGACUUUCAUAUUGA